ACCCGGAUCCGGAAGGAGGGCUCACCCAGGCUGACACCUUCCCAACAGCUGGAGGGCUCUUAGCGGGGGGUGUGGGGCCGCUUGGGUUCUGCUGAAAGUUUUACUUUAUAUUCAUUACUUGGUGUUUGUUUCCCCUUCCCCCUCCCGGGGUGGGGUAAGGAUGCCGGCUGAGGCCCAGGCCCUACCCCUGCCCCUAGAGGACACGAUGGAGGAGAAUGUGAGGAGGGACCUCCUGGCCGCAGACCUCAGGUGCAGCCUCUUCAUGUCGGCCCUGCAGAGCUACCGCCGGGACUCGGUGCUCAGGCCCUUCCCGGCCUGUUACUACAGCGGGGACAGCAAGGACUUCGAUGGGCUGCUUGCUGAUGCUCAAAAUCUGCCAAAUUUAAAACAGUUGCUACACUCUGGAAUAAACCCACAAAAAAGGACCUUAGAACUUCUCAGCUGGGCCUGUUUGUCAAAAAACCUGACCAUCAAAAGUUUGGGGAAAAAGGGGUAUGAAGAAAUCCAGGAACUCACUGGGUUCACGACACCCUCUGCUGCUACCCCCGACUUCUUGUUUGAGAUUGUUUAUUGUGAUCAGAUGAAUGCCAAGUUUGAGGAAACCAAAGGAGACCGAGAUCUCAUCUAUGCAUUUCAUGGGAGCCGACUUGAGAAUUUUUAUUCCAUUAUUCAUUGUGGUUUACAGUGUCACCUAAACAAGACUUCUCUCUUUGGGGAAGGAACAUAUCUUACCAGUGAUCUGAGCUUGGCUCUUCUGUACAGUCCUCAUGGUAAUGGCUGGCACCAAAGUAUUCUGGGACCUGUCCUUAGCUGUGUUGCAGUUUGUGAGAUCAUUGACCAUCCUGAUGUUAAAUGCCAAGUUAAAGGAAAAGAUGCUGGUGGCAUAGAUCGCCGAAGAGCAAGAGUCCGAAACAGUGAAGGUGGGGAUGUUCCGCAAAAGUACUUUGUGGUUACAAACAACCAGCUCCUGAGAGUAAAAUAUCUACUCAUUUAUUCUGAGAAAUUGCACCGAAGGAGACCCACAAAGCAGCCAUCCUGGAUCUCUCAGCAUAGUUUUGUAGUGAUGAUGAUGCUGUAUUUGUUGCUGCUGAUAGCUAUUGGUGCCUGUAACUCACCAACUUUCCAGUAUUAUUGGAAUCGAUUUCUUGAAUCAAAGCGAUGAGAUUGUUGCUGCAGUGUUGUUUACUGCUCAAACCAUGGACAUGCACUGCACUACACUACUUACCUGAUGCCUUAGACACCGAUGUUGCAGAAAGGUGCAAGUUUGGACCAAGAAGAAUUUAAUUUACAAGAAAAUAGAUAACUUGCUGUGCCAAGAAUGUUGUUUAGAUUUGGAAUUCCUGUGCUGUUUUAUGGUUGUAUUUAGUUCUGAAUAGUCUGCACUUUGUGUUGCCUAUGGGUAUUGGCUGGCUGUACAAGGAAAUGGAGCUACUUUGUUUCCAAUUUUUAACCUGACUCUGAUUUUUCACCCCUGUACUUAAUGUGGUGCAGGCAUACAAUCACAUGCCUUUUGCAUUGGCCCCACCAAAUAGUCAGUGCAUCUUAUUGACAAUGAACCUCUUGUACAUUAGAGGCAAUUUGAACGACUGCAUUUGGAGUUGUACUGUCAGUUUUAAAAUUCUGACCUUGGUACCCAUCAGUGACAAGACAUCAUUGUGGCUCUGAAGUGACCCAACUACAAGAUAAAGACAUUAGGAAAGCUUUAUUUGUUCUGCUGUGAUGCAAAUCUCAUUAGCACAUGGCUUUCCUAGUGUCUUAAGAAGCCUAUUUUAGAUGUUCUCAACAGUAGUAGUUUUAUAUAUAGCAUAUUUGGCAUUAAAAGAGCAGAAAUGUCGCAGUAACAGGCUCACUGUUUGUUCUCCCUGCACUCUUUUUCAAAAGUUCCACAAAGAAACCCUUAGGGAGUAAACAAGGGCUAUGAAAAAAUAAAGAAUUUACAGUGAAUAAUUUUUGUACUGUAUUAUACAUUUUAUAUCCUUGGACAGAAAUGUCAUGCAGAGUUUGAUAUUAGUAAGCUGUAGAACAGUAAUUUGCCCACCAUUUUUCAAAGCAUACAAUGUAUCCCGCAUGAAUUGCAGUCAAAACUUUCUUGCUUUUAAGUAUAAACCCAAAGGUUUAAUAGAUCAGAUAUAAAGGGCAGCUUUUAAGCUGUAAAGUAAGUUUAUUCUUCUUUGAGUCACUGAAGUGAUUUCAGUCAAUGUUACCUGCAGCUUUAAUGGCUUUUACAUUAGCACCCACUACUGUAACCCAACGUGGGGAUUAUUUAUCUAUCUAUAUAUAUUAGGAAACAUAUAUAUAUAUCCAGAUGGGAUUUGCUUUGUGUGCUAUUUAGGUAUGGGAGGAAUACCAAGAGUAAUGAGUAUUUCCAGCCUGUAAAUUUUUUAAAGUGUAAUUUUAGAUUUUGUCUACACUAACAUAUAGCAUCAAUAAACUUGAAUUAGGAAAAGAGAUGUUUAGCAAACUGAUUCCCUCCAUUAUUGUGACCCAGUAUUACUUAAUCUAAUAACAUUGAGUACGCCGAAAAUCAAAUCGAAGCAAGAUGUGCUAUUCAUCUCGGAAUGGCUUGGAAUCUUAAUCUACUUGCUUUCUUCUGGUUUCAGUUUACCUCAGCAUAUCUUACAGUUUCUGAAUAUUUGGUUACCAGUUGGUUAUUGAAUCUGGUGUAAUUUCAAUGUUAUGUCUUUGGGAGGUUAAAUUUUGUAUCUUGUUUAUUGAAAGGGAAAUUGUUACUUAAAUAUCUUUCAUCAUUUUUACUACUUUGUGAAAAAAAACACAACUGCUCAUCUGGUGAGGGGCUGGGUAUUUUGCUUUUGAGUGCUUUUUAGAAUAUAAUUUCCGGAUUCUGAAUAUUUGACACAAAAGUCAGUUAUUUCCGUACUGACUCUCUAUUGAAAGUCAUAAAGGAAAGCUACACUCUACCUUCAUUUCUGCAUUAAUUAAAAAGGGAUCAUAUCCAGUAGCCUUUAAA